UUCACCGCCCCGGGAGCACCGGGGCCGGGCGGGAGCCAGGCUGGGUCCCGGGCGCUGCCGUCUGCGGGGCCCGCGUGUGGGGACCCUGAGCCGUGCGGCCGCGGCCACACCUCGCCCGGCACGGCCGGCUCUGCCGGCUUCCCGGCUUUCCCCGAGACUUGUUUUUCUGGCCGGAAGUUUCCUGGAGCCAAAUGGCUCCUACCUGCCUGCUCUGCUGGUUUUGUAGCCUCCUCUGCGCCUGGUCAGUGGGGAUGGGACAGCCCUGCAGCCUUGAUCACCAGGGAUGGGCCGACUGCAGUGGAAAGAGCCUUCAGCAUGCUCCAAGUUCCCUUCCAAGAAACAUUACCAGUUUGGACCUCUCCUUCAACUCCUUGGUCAUGCCCCAUCACAGGACUCUCUUGAAGCAUUUCCCUUCCCUGCACUCUCUCAACCUCUCCAGCAAUGCCAAGCUCACGCUGAGCCCAGGAGUCUUCUCCAACCUUGGGGCACUGCUUCUGCUGGACCUGAGCAGCUGCGGCAUCACCUACAUCCACAUGGACACUUUCAAGGGCCUGGGAAAUUUACACACACUGCUUCUAAGAAACAACAGCUUGCAAGAGCUUGAUGUCCCUUUCCUUUUGCCGCUGAAGUCUCUUUUCCACCUGGACCUGCAGCACAACGCGCUGGUCUCUGUGGACACUUGGAGCCUGCAGCUGAUGGAGACAGUCCCGCAGGUCCGUCUGGAAGGGAACCCCUGGGUGUGCGACUGCAGCGCGCACCCUCUGCAGCAGUGGCUGCAGCGCAGGCGAGCUGUGCAGGUGACCUGCUUGUCUCCUCCUUGGCUGAGGGGCCAGGACAUCACAGCUCUGGAUUCUCAGGACCUGGGCUGCCAGAUUAAGCAGCGGUUUGUUCGUGGGCUCAGCACAGCACGGCAGAUCACAGUGACUGAGAACAACACCACUGCACUGCCGGCCAGCAAGGGGGGAAGGAGCUGGCCAUACCUGGUGGGAUUCCUAGCGACAGCCAUUGGCCUCUCCAUCCUGAUCGCACUGGCUGCCAAGUGCAAGCUUGUCCACAAGAACUUCGCCAGCUACCGCCACCGGCCACUGCCCGAAAUCAGCUCCAUUGGUGGCAGCCCCAUGGAGGAUAGCAGCAGCUGGGACAGGGGCUCCUGUGGGAGCCAUUCCAUACCUGAUGCUGCCGACCUGCAAGCUGAGGAUGAUGAUGGCUUCAUCGAGGAUAACUACAUCCAGCCCAGUGAGCAGCUGCCAACAAAAGAGGAGCGGGAGUUGCAUCGCUCCAUGUGAGCUUAUGAGCUUUCAACUCAGCCACCACUGCUGUGGCCUCUUGCUGUCUCCCUAGCUCCACCCCUUUCCCACCUGCCCUUGGCUUUGGGCCCCACAUGUUUGGGGCAGGAGGAAAGGAGCAGAGAGGAGGGGAGAGAGGGAUGAGCUAAGAAUGGUGAUGAAGGCUGAAGGCAGCCAGUCCCAGAGUGUCACAGCAUGACACCAGUAGGCUGCACUGUCACAAGGACACCACACCAGCUGCUGCUUUCCCAGCCUUGCUCAGAUGCUGAGGCUGAAGGUGGUGCCUAUUGGGAAGCUGGUUGCAGUGGGAAGACAAGCCUGCCCUGCUGCUGCCACGGGGUCUUGGGUGCUGGCCCCACUGCCCCGUGGUGCCAGACCCAGCCCUGCUCUGUCCCUCAAUGCGUUGUCACUCUGAGUUGUGAUUAAAGCAUGAUUUAGCCCUGCCUCUGCCUGCAGUGGUUUGUUGGGACUCUCCCAGUGGCAGUGCUGGGAGGCGACCCUCAGCCCCACGGCUUUUUUUGCAUGUGCUUUCAAGGACUAUAAAUACAUUCCUCUAACUGUGGUGAAGAGAGGCCACAUCUGUGGCACAAUGAGUGCUCUUGUCCAAACAAAUAUUUCACCUGCUGUGGUGAAAUCAUUGCAGGGCUUCUGUGCAUGUCUCUCCAGCCAUGGCCCUUCUUUCUUUUCUCUUUCCUCUCCAGGAAGGCAAGCUAAAAGACACCUUUUCUCUGUCAGCUCUGCAGAGCUGAGCAAACUC